AGCAAGGAGAGGGAGGGACGCCCGCCGGGCGUAUUGUCCCAUCCCGGCCACCGUCCUAGCAACGGGCUGUAGCCAAUCGCCAUGCAGUUUUCGGGGAUCCGCGAAGCUGUGAUGGCGCCGGUCAAACUUUGCAUCCCAGGGGAGAGAUUAUGCAGCAUAGAGGACUGCACUCCUGGUAAUGGCACGUACUCCAGACAUGGAUACAUUUUUGCAUCUUUAGCUGGGUAUGUGGUGAAGGAAAAUGACAAUGGAAUGGUUCCAGUCAUAUCGGUGGCCCAAGACACAGAACCCCAACUCCUGCCAGAAGUCGGUGUUGUUGUAACAUGUAAGGUGACCAGUAUUAACCCGCGGUUUGCUAAAGUCCAUAUUUUAUACGUACGAUCCACUCCACUGAAAGGGACUUUUCGUGGAACCAUUAGAAGAGAAGAUAUUCGAGCAACAGAAAAGGAUAAGAUAGAGGUCUACAAAUGCUUCAGACCCGGGGACAUUGUUUUAGCAAAAGUGAUCUCUUUAGGUGAUGCUCAGUCUAACUAUCUGCUGACUACUGCAGAGAAUGAACUUGGUGUGGUUGUCGCACACAGUGAAGCAGGUGCACAGAUGGUUCCCAUCAGCUGGUGUGAGAUGCAGUGUCCCAAAUCCCAUGGGAAAGAGUUCCGGAAAGUGGCUCGUGUGCAGCCCGAGUUCCUCCACACCUGAAUGCUGUCACCAACAACAUCAAGAGAAGGUUUCUCCACCCUUGAAUGACGAAGACCCCUUACUUCUGUGAAGCCUGUUAAUGAACCCAGUUUGUAUUCAAAUUAUUGUUUGAUAGUCCACUCCUGCAGUUGGACGCACAAAUGACAGAACUGAGUCCAGUUGGGGUCUGGCACUGGAGUUAAUGUCACAUUUUUUGGUUUGCUACUUCACACAGUCUGAGUGACAUUACAGAUUUUCUAUUUUCAAAGAAAAUAAAUAUUUUUGUUCAUU